AUGCCUUGGCAACCGCUGCCUCGCAUCGCGUUCGCCGUAGCGACAUUCCCCUUUUCGGCGUCGCACCCGGCCGACCUGCCGCUGGAACUGGGCGAUGAAUUGUACAUCAUUGAGGAGACCCCCGAUGGCAAUUGGCUGCGUGGAUAUCUGGUAGCCCCGCCGAGCCUGCUGGCCGGCCUGACCAGUGUCAAGGGCCAAACGCUCGAGGCACGUGUGUUUAGCGGUAUUUUCCCGCGCAGCUGUGUGGAGGUGCGCGAGGUGCUAGGCGAAGGGGAUGAGACCGAGGACGACGACAAUGAGGACGAUGUCGACGUUGAAGGGGACAACCAGAAUACGGCGGAUGUCACGGCCGCGACAAGUACAGCAGCACAGAUCGAAGAGGGCGACUCGGCCAAAAGCGGGAUAGAAGGGGCGCAAGCCGAGCGGAAGAGGAGGAAAGCCCGGAUCAAGGCAUCGCACACGCGCGGCUGGAAAGACCCCGGGACACCCGGCCCGUUGUCGGUCCCCGUCCCGCGCGACCCCGACGCGCCACGACCCCCCGCGCCGGUGCCGAUGCUGAAGAUUGGCGACGAGACGCCGACAUCCACCUCAGAACCUCUGAUCGACGAGAUCGCGUCGUGCCUGCGGGAGUGGCACUCGACGAACCUGCACGAGCUGCUGCUGUCGCGGCAGUACGGCAAACUCGACACCCUCUCGCAACUGAUCGGGCGGCUCAACUUUGCGCGACAGCAGUUCCUGCACGAUGUUCUGACAACGGCGGAAUACGAGCAGCUGCGGGAGAGGACAGUGUGGGACCUGGUGCGAGUCAACAAGCUAUGCGGGGGCGAAGUCAUCGUGCGCGACCCGCACCCGCAGGCGCGCGGGCGGGUGCUGACGGGAGACGACUCGGUGGUGGAGAUCACGAAGCUGCAGUCGAUCAUGAGCUUACUAGACGAGACGCCGACGGCGACGACCGAGCUGACGGCGCUGCACCACCUGCUAGUGGAUAUCAAGGGGCUCGCGGGGGCAUCGACCGAGGCGACCACGCUAGUACUAUACCUAGCGGCCAAGACCGCGGGCGGCAAGCUGACGGCGCUGUCGGAGAAUUACAUUGUGGAGAUGCCAGCCGGAGGCCAGAUGGUGCAUCUCGCGCGCAGCAACAACAUGCAAAUGCGCACGCUGUUUACAGACCUGACGGCCGCCGAGAUUGGCGACGUGUCAUCAGUCGACUCGGAGCUGUACCUGGUAGUCAAGAUCCGGGCCUCACAACCAGUGUCGUCGCCGUCGGGAUCGAACAAACCCAGCUCGCGGUCGGGCAGCCUGUCGUCGAACGGCUUCGGCAGCGGGAAGGACCACGCCAAGCCGCCCCUGUCGUCGGGCAACAAAUCAGUGCGUAGGAGCCUGAUGUGGGCCGGCAAGAACACGCGGACGGCGUUUGCGCGCGGGGGUAACUUGCGGCUAGACUCGCUGUCUGAACAGCCGGAGGAUAUUGGAGGAGGUUCGUCGUCUACCACGGCCGUCGGGCCUGAGAGCCGGGAUGGUGCCCCGCCGAGCACGGCGAAUUCCAAGGCCGGGCGGGCGUCGGUGGACGGUGUUGGGGUCGGGAUGCAGACGGCUGAGCGGACGGUUGGCGUGGGCGUGCUCAAGCUGAACGGUGUCAUGAAGCAGGUGCAGGCCGAAGAGGUGGAGCAUAUUGUCAGCAUCUGGGCACCGUCAGCCGGUCGACCGCAGCAACCGCAGGACGCUGAAGAGGAGUGGGACUCGGUGCUGCGGGAGAUCAUGGAGAGCAGCUCGGGCGGCUACGAGAAGUCGCGGCGGGCGGAGCGGUUACAGGUGCAUUUGCGGGCGUUCCAGGACGCCGACGCCGACGCGCUGAUCAAGGCGACCCCAACGGUGCUAUCGGGGAUCUGCAAGACCAACAAGAUGGGCUUCUCCGGGGCGCCGACCAAGCCACGGUCGGACAUCUACCUGACGCUCGACGCUGCUAUGCUUGGCCGCCACACGAUGCUAUCACGCUUUGGGGGCAGUCCCGUGUCUCUGCCCAGUUAUCUACACAACAACACCAAUGGCAACGGCAACAACCUGCAAAUCACCCUCGAAGUCCGACGGUCCAACAACGAGCGCGUCGAGCACUGCAUCCACGCGUCAUCCAACGGCGAACCCCUCAGCUCGUGGAAAACCACCGCCGUCGGCACGGAGCCCGGCAGCCAGGCGUGGCGACAAACGGUCAAGCUGGUGCUGGCGCCGCAGGACGUGCACCAGGGCCAUGUGGUCAUGUUCCUAGCGGACGCGCCGAACGCGCCGUUUGCCGUGGCGCACAUGCCGCUGUGGGACCACCAGGCGUUUAUCCGGGACUCGACGCACGGGCUGUUGCUGUACCGGCUGGAUGAGAAUACCGUGAAUGCGCAGGGGGUCGGGGCGCAACCGGGACAACAGGGCAAAGGGGGGUAUUUGAGUUUGCCCUUUUCUGUUCCGGGGAGUGGGAACGGCAAAGACGACUCGGACGUGGCUGGCUCGCUUGCGGCGGUCCGUGUGGAAACCUACCUAUGCAGCACGCGGUUCUCGCAGGACCGGGUGGUUCUUGGACUGCUAGCGUGGAAGGACUCGUCGCGGGAGGGCAUUCCCGUGCUGCUGAAGCAGUUCAUCUUCGUGGCUGAGAUCGAGGUGGUCAAGCUGCUCAACGACGUGCUGGACGCGCUGUUUGGCAUCCUGUGCGAGUACUCGGGCAACGACGACUACGAGGACCUCGUGUUCUCGGCGCUGGUCCGGGUGCUGGAUAUUGUGCACGACAGGCGGUUCAACCUGAGUCCGCUGGUUGAUCAGUACGCCGAGAGCCGGUUCCAUUAUCCCUUUGCGACGCCGUGCCUGGUGCGGUCGUUUACCCGGCUGUUAUCCAAACCAACGGAGCCGGAGACCGCAAGAAAACUGAGAGCGACGUUCAAAGUGGCCCGACACAUCCUCAAGUUCAUCACGCACGCGCGCGGCCAGCAAAAGGCCAAGGAGGCCAACAUCGGCAUCACAAGCAACAACCCGGGCUUCACGCGACAUUUGCGGGUCAUCUUCAAGGCGCUGGAUGCCAUGAUGCGCAGCUCGGCGCCGGUGUUAGUCGGCAGUCAGACGCUGGCCGUGCAGCACUUCCACACGUGGCUGCCGGAGCUGGCGGGGCUGUUGACGACGGAGGAGAUUCUGCACAUUGCCAUUGACUUUAUGGACUCGUGUGCGGGUGUAAAGGGGAAACUGGUGCUGUUCAAGCUGGUGCUGAUUGUGAAUUAUGCAAAGCUGGAUAUCUUUGCGCACCCGGAGCAGCGGUCGGCGCUUAGUGCGAAUACUGUACGGUGGAUUGCGCCACACUGGGGGGCCAUCGACGCGGAUAUUGCCAGUGCAGAGACGUCGGGGCUCUGGAGAGACCAAGUCCGUCUGUGCUGCUCGGUGCUGGCCAGCCAGAUCGACCACCUGGGCCCGGAGAUCCCGGACUACAUUCCCAAGAUUAUCCAGUCGUUCCUCGUGCUGCAGGCCAGGGCAGCGGCCAACAAAACAGCCCGAAAAGACCGGCUAUCGCUGCUCUUCCCGACAACAUACCCCUUCCCGACGCGGGCUCUCGCCGAGGAAGCCCAGGGCCCGGGGUUCGACGAAGCGCUGAUCGAGCUUGCCGCCGUGCUCUCGGCGCUGUCCAACUCUCCCGCGGGCAUGCAGCUCGAACUAGCCGAAGACGACUUGCAUGUCGUCGUGGAGAACUGCCUGCGCGUGCACAAUACCAUGCUACAGCCCGCGGCUACCUUCCCUGCCGACUGGCUAUCGGUGCACAUCUUCCACCACAAAUCCGCCAUGCGAGCCCUGCAGUACUUAGCCGGUCUGCUGCUCGAAUCUUUCUUGCCACAUCCAGACGACGCCGAGAGUUUCCCGACGGAACUGUGGAAGCUCUUCUUCACCACCUUACUUGCGCUCGUCGGUAGCCCAUCGCUGGCCUUGGAAACCUUCCCCGAGCAGAAACGCCGCGCGGUGUGGAAGAUCGCGGGCGAUGUCCGCGAGUUGGGUGCUGACCUGCUGCGCCGCACUUGGGAGGCCAUCGGGUGGGAGACGACGGUUGAGGAACGCGCGCGGUAUGGGCUAGCGACUAUGGGCGGGUACCAGGUGCAGUAUGUGCCGACGCUGGUGGCGCCUAUUGUUGAGUUGUGUUUGAGCGUGCAUGAAGGGCUUAGGAGGAUGGCGGUUGAGGUGUUGCAGACGAUGAUUGUCAGCGAGUGGACGCUUAGCGAGGACUUGUCGGUUAUUCAGACCGAGAUGAUUGAUUGUCUGGAUGGGUACUUUAAGACGAAGCCGUUGACGGAGAGUAUCCUGCAGAAGCUGUUUUUGGGGGAGCUGCGGGCGUUGUUUGAGGAGGGGUUGGUGCGUGACGAGGGGCUGUUGGCUGCUCUGAAUGAGCUCACGAACACGGUGGAUGUUUUCCUGGAUUUGUUGGUGGCCGUCCACAGCAGCGACGGCGGGAACGACAGCGGCUCCGGGGCUGGUGAAGCUUCCCACUUGAUCCACCGGCUGCGGCUGAUGGAGUUCCUCCGCGACAUGCACAAGGAAGACAUCUUCAUCCGCUAUGUCCACCAGCUCGCCACACUCCAAGCCGACGCCCGCCACCACGCCGAGGCCGGCCUCGCUCUGCGCUUACACGCCGACAUCUACGACUGGGACCCCCUACGAACCACCCCAGCCCUGCACGACCCAGACUUCCCGGCACAGAGCCACUUCGAGCGCAAGGAACGACUCUACUUCGCCAUGAUCAAGCACUUCGAAGAGGGCGCCGCCUGGAACUGUGCCCUGGCGGCCUACAAGGAACUGCAGACUCAAUACGAGACCAACACCUUCGACUUCGCCAAACUCGCCCGCACCGAGCGCGCCAUCGCCUCCAUCUACGAAACUAUCGCCUCCGGCACCCGCCCCCUCGUGCCCAAGUACUUCCGCGUCGUCUUCAAGGGCCUCGGCUUCCCGGCCGCCGUGCGCGACAAGGCCUAUGUUUUCGAAGGCUCCUCCUCCCCCGGCGAACGCACCGCCAGUUUCACUGACCGCAUGCAAGCACUAUACCCGGCCGCGCACAUUGUUUUGGUCAACACCGCCACCGCCGACGCAGAGCAACAGCAGCUCGAUGAUGUCGUCGAGGGGCAGUUCCUCGUCAUCUCCCCGCUCAGUCCACACCGCGAUUUGAGUCAUACCGUCUACCAGCGCGCGCGUGUCGCCCCGGCGAUUCGGGAGUACCUCGUCAGCGCUGCCGAGCCGCGGUCGUUUUCUGUCACCACCAAGCGGUGCACGGCUGCGGGUACCCCCGUGGAGGAGCACUACACGGAGAAAACGAUCUACACGACUGCCGAGUCGUUCCCGACUAUCCUACGGCGGAGUGAGAUUGUGCGUGCGCAGCAAGGCGUGCGGUUAUCUGCGAAGGAGACCGCGCUAGAACGGACGGUGCGUAAGACGGGGGAGAUGGGUGCUUUGGAAAGGAAGGUGGCUGAGGGAGAAGGUGGAGAUGAGAGUGCGCAGUUGUUGGUGGAUGCGGUGAGUAUUAGUGUGAAUCCGAAUUCGGAGAAUGGGGUGGUGAUGUACAGGGGGUUGAUCCCGGGGAUGGCUUCUCUGGAAAAGAGUGAGGAUGGGGAAGAAGAGGGGGAAAGUGACGAGGAGGAUGAGGAAGAUGAGGAGCCGGUGCUGGAUGCGCAGGAGACGGCGUUGAAGAUGGCGUUGGUGGAUCAUGCGAUUAUGUUGAAGAGGUGUUUGGGGACGUUUGGGAAGAGCGGGAAUGAGAUUCUCACGAGGCAUGUGGAGGAUUUGCAGCGGUUCUUCGAGUCAACCUACGCUCCCGAAAUCGCCCUCUUCACACCCGCCGCACCCGCCCAACCCAUCCGCGAGACAACCCCCCGCUCCCCGCUAUCUGCCCCGGUUGUCCGCGGUCACGCCCACUCCCGAUCGACCGCCACCGUCCCGAAUGCUGUGACCGAAGAGGCUACCCUGGUGCAGCCUGUGCGAUCCGCCCGCGGACCACGGUUGAGCUUCCUCGGGGGGCGGAAGAAGGACGGGAAGGAUGUCAAUGCGUCCACAAUCACUGCCGUACCCCCCUCCUCCUCAACAACCCUCCCAGCCACAACAACCAACCCAACCUCCACCACAACCCCAACCUCCAAAAAUCAACCCCCCAACCGCCGCUCCUUCUUCCGCACCAUGCCCAACAUCUCCCCCGACCCCUCGGCCGCAGCCUCAUCCUCCUCCCUACGCAACGGCGCCGGUCUCCCCAACGGCGGCCUGCAAAGAGUAGGAACAGGCGGAACAGAAUUCUCCCUGCCGUCUCGGUCACAGUCGAAUUUAUCCAGUCUCAUGGAAGGUUAUGAAGGGAAUGGCACCGGAACUGGACAUGCCCUUGGGGAUGGGGCAUUUGGCGGGUCGACGCCUAGUUUACCUGUGCUUGGGCAGUUGGGGCAGAUGGGGUAUGCUACUGGUGGUUUCACUGGCGGGAGCGCCGCGCAGGGCGGGCAGAAUGGACAGCAUAAGGUUGGGAAUGGAAUUGGGCCGGGGAUUGGGAAUACACCUGGGGCGGGAGGAGGACAUGGCGGACAGAAUAUUGUUAGUCAGGGGGUAGGGAGUGUGAGGAAGCGGUUGAGUAUACUCAGGUUGGGGAAGAAGAGUAGUCGGGAGAGAGGGGUGGGACAGACGGGGGCGUUGGGGGGUUUGGAUGAGGAGUAG